AUGUGUCCGCCUAAUACUUCCAUAAUGGAAUCCAGAGAAGUCAACCUACCUGCCCCAGAAUUCAAGAAAGAUGAUCGACAAGAAGAGCCAAAGUUGGAAACAGCAUCCGAUGCAUCAUCAGGCGGUGAAACAAUUGUUGCUGGAAACAUUGAAGGGAAGAAAUCCCAAGAAAACGGGAGUUUCCAAGCGAUGCCUUCGAAUAUUUGGAAUUUCGGGUCAGCGACGAGGAAGGAAAAGGAAUCGAGGAGAACGUUGGCGUGCAAGCUCUACGAGGAGCGGCACGGCAACGGGGAUGAUACUGGAGAGGGGAUGGAUCGGUUGUGGGAGCUGUACGAGGACGAAUGGAACGAAGAGAGCAGCGAGACGGAGUCGGGGAGGGAAAGAGGACAGACAAGCGACGACGAGGACGAUGACGAAGUUGAAGUGAGCGAAGAAACGUGUUGCUUGGAGGCAUUUAGGUUAUCAGCUGGGAAGGUGAACAAUCUGGGACUAGUGAGGCCUAAUUUGGUCAGGAUUUCCAGGGCCAUCAGCGGGAUUCGGAGGUUGCAUCAGGUGGCUACGCAUAGCAAGUAG